AUGAAGCUACAGGAAUGGCUUAUAGGUGGUGGGGUUGAAGACCUCAGUUGGCUACAACUAGAAGACUUCCCUGAUACAGGACGUGGUGUCAAAACGCUGCGGCCCCUUAAGUCUCACGAUGUAGUCCUUACGGUGCCGGGAUCCUUCCUUUGGACAGCAGACGUGGCAAUUAGUGACCCGGUCAUUGGAACUGUCAUACGCUCUGUAGAACCACCAUUGUCAGUAGAGGAUAUACUGGCAAUAUUUCUUCUUUUCAUCAAGUCGUGUAAAACGGGGUAUGAUGGAAGACGGGCACACGUAGAAAUGUUACCAACCAGUUAUACAGCUAGUAUAUUCUUUAGUGAUGAUGAGCUCGAAAUUUGCUCUGGCUCUUCGCUUUAUCACCUGACCAAAAAGUUGAAACAGCAGAUUAGAGAUGAUUACCUUCAACUUCUCACCAAUUUGUUCUCUAAGUAUCCAGACCUAUUCCCUUUGGAAAAAUUUACACAAGAUGAUUAUAUGUGGGCUCUUUGUACUAUUUGGAGUCGUGGCAUGGAUUUCAAGCUAAAUGACAAGCAAUUCAGAUGUAUUGCUCCCUUCGCUGACAUGUUGAAUCACUCUCUUGAUGUUGAACUUUGUCAUAUUUAUGAUCCUCAGUUGAAUAGACUACAGAUAUUGGCAGGAAAAAACUAUGCAGUAGGAGAACAGGUCUUCAUCAACUAUGGACCAGUUCCAAAUAACAGACUCCUUCGUCUCUAUGGUUUCAUCCUUCUCGAUAAUCCCUAUGACUCUUAUGACCUAGUCCUUACCACACACCCCCAAGCACCCUUGUAUACUCAAAAAGUAGCCCUCCUUAAAUCAGUCGGUUUACAAGUUAAUUGCUCCUUCCCACUUAAACUUAGUGACCCCUUGCCACUGGGCGUGCUCCAAUAUCUACGAAUUCAAAGAUUGUCAUCUUCGGAAAUCUCCACGGCGGCGGCAAGAAAUGGAGCUAAAGACAUAAUUAGUGCUCGUAAUGAAGAUGAGAUUUUAAGAGCUUUGGAAGAAGCAUGUGAUAAUUUGUUGGCUGGAUUUAGCCCUCUUGAGGAACUUGAAGCAAAGAUUGCGUCUGGUGCUUAUCAAAAAGGAGGUAACGCAUGGGCAGCGGCGCACGUUAGUAUUGGGGAACAGAAGAUUUUAAAUGCAACGUUGCAAAAAGUAAAAGAACUACUUGCGUUGAUUGUUUGCGCGUAUUGUGGGAAAGUGAAUGAAAAUAAUAAGCGUUGUGGAAGGUGUCGAAAG